CCGGGGUCAAUUGCGAAUUGCAACUUCAUCAACGAGCAGAUCAUCAUUCCACUCAUAGCUAACAUACCAGUCCUUCAAGUUUUAUUUCCGAGUCAACAUUUCAACCCUGAAAUGUGUUCGUAACACUGUUCAGAUCUCUCGAACCUGUGUGAGUGCCACUACCAGCAACGCUUGAGACGUAAUCCCUGUCAGGCUUCCAUUCACCAUGGUCGGAUCCGACUCAAACUGCCAUAUUUCAUGCUGGGAACCCUUGAUGGGCCCCAUGAUUCGGAUGCUGCUCCAAAGCCAUGUUACAUACAGCAAGAAUGAUGACGAGUUGCCGGUUAGUAAUGCUAUUCGUUUCGCCGCAGCUUCACCAGAAUCACCACAAGGUACUACUCUUUUUGACAAGAAGAUCCUCCAAACCCCACCCGGAGAAUUGCUAUGUGAGCUUUGAAUGCGAGCUCCGAAAGAAUUCAACCAGGUUCACGCGUAUAAAUAUGUGGUCAGUCUCGAAGGUAGGUCCCCAUCGCUCCUUCGAUUACUCUCAGGAUCUUUAUCACUGCAUCGACCAAUUGUUUCAAAUAUCUUUACUACUCCACAAUGUCUGUCACAGGUGCGUUCGUCGGAUGCUUGCAGCCAGUUCCUAAUAAUCAUUCUGGGCACCCCGGCAGCCACAGAGACCCAGAUUGGGAUUUACAACAGCACCGAAAACAAAAUCUCUGCCCGCAUCACCAAUGACAAUGGUGACACAGCGGGGUCUGUUGAAUUCUUCGAUAUCGAGCCAGGGAAGUAUGAAUUGUGGAACCGAAGCCACUGGCAAGUGGCCUUCGUGUUGAAGCACUCGGUCGAGCCAUCUAAUCCCAAGGCAUUGACUCUGAUUGUGAAGCCUACGGGGGUUUACUAUAUCAACGAUGAGUAGAAGCAGUUCGAGUUGGGUCGCAGCGUGCGCUGUGUAUGCCGCUAGUAAGUACUGUAGUAUGACCUGCCGUGAUGUCUUGUUGUACAACAAAGUUGCGAGGUGGAAUCAAUAGGUGUAUUUGUCGUCGUGUUUUAAAAUGGCCUGUACAUGUACAUACGCAUGCCCGCCGAAACGAUGUCCCUGCACAGCUUGCCACUGGCAAGCCUGUCUAAAUAUUCAGU